AUGGCGAAGUGGGUAGAAUCUGGAGCUCGCAGCCUUUUCAUUACCAUCCUCGGCCGCAGCAUUAACACUGGAUCUUUGACUAUAGUUGAAGAUGGCACGCCAAUUAUUUUCCAAGGCAUUGACUGUGAUGAUGAAAACCAACUAUUCAAGGCAAUAUCCCUCAAGCUUCACAACCCUAACUUCUACUGGAAGGUGAUGACGAGAAACGAUAUAGGGCUGGCAGACGCUUACAUUGAAGGGGAUUUCGCUGUUGUUGACCAAGACCAAGGCCUCUUGCCUCUUUUCUUGCUCCUCAUUGCUAAUAGAGACGGAAACAAGUCGGAGCUCAACUCCAACAACAGGGGAUGGUGGACACCGGCCAGUGUUAUCUCGUCAGCAAACUUUUUAUUGCGUCAUGUGAUGAGAAACAAUUCUCUAACUCAAGCCCGCCGGAACAUUUCUCGUCAUUACGAUUUGAGCAACGAGUUUUUCGCCUUGUUUUUGGACGAGACCAUGACCUACUCCUCCGGAAUAUUCAAGAACGAAGAUGAUGACGACUUGAAGGGAGCGCAACUCAGGAAAAUCUCAUCCCUCAUUCAAAAGGCAAGGAUUGGAAACAGGCAAGAAGUGCUGGAAAUAGGUUGCGGGUGGGGAAGCUUUGCCAUCGAAGUAGUGAAACGAACUGGGUGCAAUUACACUGGCAUCACUCUGUCGUUACAGCAGCUUCAGUAUGCACAGGCUAAGGUCAACGAAGCUGGCCUUCAGGAUCAUAUUCAGUUGUUGCUAUGCGACUAUCGCCAGUUGCCCAAAACAAAGAAAUUUGACAGAAUUGUUUCCUGCGAAAUGAUAGAACAUGUUGGGCACGAAUACAUGGAUGAGUUCUUCGCUUCAUGCGAAUCAGUCUUGGCAAAAGACGGAUUAUUUGUUCUCCAGUUCAUAUCCAUACCUGAUGAACGGUACGAUCAAUAUCGUCAAAGUUCGGAUUUCAUCAAAGAGUAUAUCUUCCCUGGUGGCUGCUUGCCCUCUUUUACCAGAGUUAUAGCAGCCAUGAAUUCUUCUUCACGGCUAUGUGUGGAGCAUGUGGAAAAUAUCGGAAGUCAUUACUUUUACACUUUAAGAUGCUGGAGGCAAAACCUGAUGAAUCAUAGGAGCGAAAUACUGGAGAUGGGAUUCGACGAGAAGUUCAUAAGGACGUGGGAAUACUAUUUUGACUACUGUGCUGCUGGUUUUAAAACCUAUACGCUUGGUGAUUAUCAGGUUGUGUUCUCUCGACCUGGAAAUAUGGUGGCACUAGGAGAGCCAUACAAGAGUUUCUCAUCGGCUUAUCAUUAA